GUAUGCAUUACAUUUUCCUAUUCUUUUCUUUAUCAUUGAAGAUUAAUAAUAAUGUAAAGCGCCUACCAGGCCUUAAACAUCAAGAAACCAAGAGACAAAUUAAGAAAAGAACUAAUUAAGUUCUUUUCUUUUUGCAUUUUACUAUAUAAGAAAGUAAGAAACCCACAUUCAUCUAUCUCAUCACCAACUACUACUACUGCUACCAGUCCUGUUUGUUUGUUAUCUCCCUCAUCAGCGUUUCGUGUUCUAGCUGUUCAUCGUCGUCUCUUUUUGUUUGUUUUUUCCGAUCUUAAUCAUUCUCUUCACCGUUUUCUCUACGCGCACUUCAGUUCGUCUCUUCAUUUGGAGUAUUUUUCUCAGCUUCUUCAUGUAUGUGUAUUUUUGGAGAAUUAAAUCUUGAAUUUUAGUUGUUGAAACUGGAUCACUCGAUCUUUAUUAUUAUUCCUUAAAACUACUUUUAUAAAAGCUUUCCAAGUAUGUAAUUGUUUUCCAGUUAAAUUUUCUCUCGAAUUUUUCAAAAAAAAAAAAAACCCAAAAAAAAAUAGUCUUGCUUGUUCAAAGAUUCAUGGAAUCUUUGUAGAAUUUAUCAGAUUGUUAGUGAUUGUUAGACUGGAAGGGAUUCAUUCUAUUACUUAGAAAUACAUCUAUAAAAACCUUCCAAUCAUGUAAAUUAGUCCCAUCUUUGUUUGUUUACUCUCUUUUACUAGAGAUAUUUACCCCCAAAAAAAAAAUAAAAAAAAUUAGUCUGCUUGUGUUUAGUUUCCUACGUAUCCCGUCUACCAGUCCCUCUUAGAUUGUUGUUAAAAAAAAAAUGCGUGAAGGUGAUGUGAACGGGAUUGAGAAUGCUUCCGCAACGCCACCUGCAACUCCCGGAACACCAACGCCGUUGAUGUCAUCGAUGAGAAUCGACUCAUUGUCAUAUGAAAGGGAGAGGAAGUCGAUGCCACGAGGCAAGUGUUUCCCAGUUGAAUCAUGGACACCCAACCAUAUGUGUGUCACCGAUUUCGGACCACCGGACGUCUCUCUGGGCAGGAAGCUAGGAGCAGAGUUCGUAGGGACCUUCAUAUUGAUGUUUGCAGCCUCGGCCGGGCCUAUUUUGAACCAGAAGUACGACGGUGUUGAGACACUCAUAGGGAAUGCAGCUUGUGCUGGACUUGCUGUUAUGGUUCUGAUAUUAUCCACCGGUCACAUAUCAGGGGCACAUUUCAAUCCUUCCCUCACCAUUGCUUUUGCAGCAUUCCAACAUUUUCCAUGGACUCAAGUUCCUGCUUACAUAUUAGCUCAGGUCUCUGCGUCAAUAUGUGCCUCUUUCGCCCUCAAGGGUGUUUUUCACCCCUACAUGUCCGGUGGUGUUACUAUCCCUUCAAACACUCUUGCUCAAGCCUUUGCUCUUGAGUUUAUUAUCACCUUCAUUCUCAUGUUUGUUGUCACGGCUGUUGCAACUGAUACUCGUGCGGUCGGAGAACUGGCAGGAAUAGCAGUCGGAGCAACAGUCAUGCUGAACAUUCUAAUCUCCGGGCCAGCAAGUGGUGGAUCAAUGAAUCCAGUGAGGACACUAGGUCCAGCGGUGGCAUCAGGCAACUACAAAGCCAUAUGGGUGUAUAUAAUAGCACCAACAUUGGGUGCACUUGCAGGGUCAGGCAUCUACACUCUCAUCAAGCUCCAUGAUGCAGAGGGUGACCCACCUCGCCCAGUUAGAAGCUUCCGUCACUAGUCUCGACUCUCGAGUCACUUCGAUUCUGGCCCUCCAAAUAAGUGUACGUUUUCGUGUGUGGAUGUGUUUGUUUUUGCUUUCCAGUCUCAUACAUAUAGCAUCUGCUAUACUGGCACGAGCUAAAUGUGUGCAGCAUAUACAAAAAAACAAAAUUCAAGUCCAUUUGCUUUCUUUCAAUACCACUCUCCUCUACAGGAGUAGGAGUAUAGUCACAGGCAGCGGGGCGAAAAAAAAACUAUAUACUCUAUUAUGUUAAAAGUAAAUAUACAAGUGAUAUCAUGCGUGGAUUGUUGAGUGUUGUGUGAUUUCCCAAAAUAAAACUGUCUGCAAGUGUGAGAACUAUUAUCGUGUGUGCUGUAAGGAUUAUAUAUGGACUGUUAUGUAUUUGUGUUUAAAGUUGUAACCAGUCACUGAUGUGUGUGGUCUUAAGUUUCAACGGUGUAUGUGUACUAGUUUAAUUAUAUAUAAAAGUUUUAUGUUUGUGUGUUAAAA